AUGCACAAAUCACCUGUGGAUGAUGCCGGCUUUCUUUCGAGAUAUUUCUUCUGGUGGACGAGCCCUAUUAUGCGAAAGGGUUUCAAGGAAAAGUUACGACCAUCAGAUAUAUAUCAAGCUCCUUCAAAAGAUACUGCAGAUGUGCUCGCAGAACGUCUGGAAAAAGAAUGGGACAGAGAAGUUAUUUCUGCGAAGAAAAAACCCAGCCUUCUACGAGCGCUCUCCAAAUGCUUUCUUCGACCCUUCAUAUUAUUUGGAGUUCUUCUCUAUUUGGCGGAAGUCACAAAAAGUGUGCAGCCACAGCUCUUGGGACGAAUAAUAGCCUCAUUCGACCCGUACCAUGAACCAGAGCGAGAGCAGGGCUACUUCCUGGCCCUGGGCCUUGGCUUGCUGUUCAUUGCCCGUUUUCUUCUGCUGCAGCCUGCCAUGUUUGGGCUGCACCAUCUGGGCAUGCAGAUCCGCAUUGCCCUCUUUAGCUUAAUCUAUAAAAAGACACUGAAGCUAUCUAGUAGUGUUCUAGACAAGAUCAGCACAGGGCAACUGGUCAGCCUGAUGUCAGCCAAUCUGGGCAAGUUUGAUCAGAGCCUAGGCAUGGCACACUUUGUGUGGAUCUCUCCUUUGCAGUGCAUCCUGUGUGUAGGACUAAUAUGGGAGCUUAUUGAGUUUAAUAGCUUCUGUGCCCUUGCUGCAAUCUCACUACUGGGUGUCAUACAAGCCUGCCUGUCUCAUAAAAUGGGCCCCUACAAAACACAAAGAAUACAGCUCACCAAUAAGCGUUUGGCUUUGACUUCAGAGAUCAUGGAGAACCUGCACUCAGUGAAAGCCUAUGGAUGGGAAGAGAUUAUGGAGACCAUCAUUGGGAACAUCAGACAAGAAGAGGUCAAGUUGACCAGGAAGAUUGGCUCACUGCGCUACUUCUACAGCUCUGCCUAUUUCUUCUCUGCCAUUUGGGUAAUCAUAGCAGCAGUGUUGCCCCAGGCCCUCACCACUGGCAUUACAGUGCGGCGCAUCUUUACCACGCUCUCAUACUGCAUGGUGCUACGCAUGACCGUCACACGCCAGCUGCCCGCUUCGAUUCAGAUGUGGUACGACACUAUCAGGCUUAUAUGGAAAAUUGAGGAUUUUCUUAGCAAAGAAGAAUACAAAAUGAUGGAGUAUGACCUUAGCAUUACAGAGAUGAAACUUGAAAAUGUCACCGCUUCCUGGGAUGAGGGUAUUGGAGAACUGUUUGAGAAGAUCAAGCAGGAGAACAAAGUAAAUGGUAAUCCCAAUGGAAAUGGGUUCUUCUUCACUAACCUCUAUGUAACCCCCGUCCUGAGAAGCAUCAGCCUGCACUUGGAGAAAGGAGAAAUGCUGGCAGUGGCUGGAUCUACAGGUUCUGGAAAGAGUUCUUUAUUAAUGACCAUCUUGGGUGAGCUGGUCCCUUCCUCAGGGAAAAUCUGCCACAGUGGUCGCGUCUCUUACUUCUCCCAGACCGCCUGGAUCAUGCCUGGCACCAUCCGUGACAACAUCCUGUUUGGCCUGACCUAUGAUGAAUACCGUUAUAGCAGCGUGGUUAAAGCAUGCCAGCUCGAAGAGGACCUGGCUGCUCUCCCUGAGAAGGACAGAACACCUUUGGCAGAGGGAGGGUUAAAUCUGAGUGGGGGUCAGAAGGCACGGGUGGCACUGGCUAGAGCUGUAUACAGAGAUGCUGAUACCUAUCUGCUGGACGACCCUUUCACCCACCUGGACAUUGCAACAGAGAAAGAGAUUUUUGACAAGUGUCUGUGCAAGCUUAUGGUCUCCAAGACCCGCAUCGUGGUAACCAACAAGCUCGAUCACCUAAAGCGGGCGGACAAGAUCCUGCUGCUGCACAAUGGGGAGUCUUUUUUUUAUGGCUCGUUCUCAGAGCUGCAGUCGCGCCGGCCUGACUUUAGCUCUCUGCUGCUAGGUCUGGAGGCCUACGACAGCAUCACCGCAGAGCGACGUUGCUCGAUUCUCACCGAGACACUACGCAGGGUCUCGGUGGAUGAAACUUCAGGCAUCCGUUCCGAUCGACCCGCGUACCGGCAGGUGGCCCCUCCUUCCUACAAAGAUGAAAGAAAGGCUUCUGUGAUCAUCAACCCGCUGGUGGCUGACCGCAAGGCUUCCUUCAUCCCGGGGAUUGAGGAAGAGGUUAAGCGGCCACUGUCUGACCGCAAGUUCUCCCUGGUGCCUGAGAAUGAGCUGGUGGAUGAGUCAUUUAUAGUGAACGAUGUGUAUCACAAUCACGGUGUGCACAUGGCAGGCCAGAGGAGGCAGUCAGUGCUGGCAUUCAUGACAAACGCACAAGGUUCGGGCAGACGUGAUCAGCUUCAGUCCUCUUUCCGCCGCCGCCUAUCUAUCGUGCCCCAGAGUGAACUGGCCGCCGAGCUGGACAUCUAUGCUCGACGAUUGUCCAAAGAUGGUGCCUACGACAUUACCGGAGACAUGGAUGAAGAGAAUAUUGAGGCAUGCUUCGCAGAUGAACAAAUGGAGGACAUCUUCGAAACCACUAAAUGGAACACGUAUGUCCGAUAUGUGUCUACCAACAGAAGUCUCACUUAUGUUCUGAUCUUCGUUCUUAUUAUCUAUGCUAUUGAGGUAAACAUAUUAUUCAUGCUUAUAAUCAACACCAAUUAUCAAAUAGCACACAAUACCAAUAUGUCUUUGUCAAGCUCAUUAUAUGCUGUCAUCAUCCGUCCCACCAGCAGCUACUACAUUAUCUACAUUUAUGUGGCUACUUCUGAGAGCAUCUUAGCUCUGGGCUUUUUUCGGGGACUUCCACUGGUCCACACUAUGAUCACCAUCUCAAAGAAAGUGCAUCAGAAAAUGCUGAGUUCUGUACUUAGAGCACCUAUGUCUGUUCUAAACACCAUGAAGACAGGUCGUAUCAUGAAUAGGUUUACGAAAGACAUGGCUACUAUCGAUGACAUGUUGCCUCUACUAUUGUUUGACCUUGUCCAGUUGACCCUGGUGGUGGUGGGAUGUAUUUUGGUGGUGUCCAUUAUGCGGCCGUACAUUUUCCUAGCAGCAACACCUUUGGCUUUGAUCUUUAUCGUUAUGAGGAAGUAUUUCCUGCGUACAGGACAGCAGCUGAAGCAAAUGGAAACUGAAGCUCGAAGCCCCAUCUUCUCCCACCUCAUCAUCUCACUGAAAGGCUUGUGGACGAUCCGGGCCUUUGACCGGCAGGCGUACUUCGAGACACUGUUUCAUAAAGCGCUCAACACACACACAUCUGUCUGGUUCCUAUACCUCUCCACCCUGCGCUGGUUCCUCUUUCGUGCUGACAUGUUAUAUGUCUUCUUUUUUACGCUUGCUGCCUGGAUUGCAGUAGGAACCAACCAGGAUAAACCUGGUGAGAUUGGCAUUAUUAUAGCCUUGGCAAUGCUAAUUCUAGGCACCUUCCAGUGGUGCGUUGUUACCAGCAUUGCAGUGGAUGGAAUGAUGCGUUCUGUGGAGCGCGUCUUCAAGUUCAUCGACCUGCCGUCCGAGGAGCCCAAGCCUAGACUCGGCCAUCGAAAAACCUCAGACCUGGUUAUUGAAAACCAGAACGCCUGCAGUGAAACUAGCUGGCCCAGUCGUGGACAGAUGGACGUGCAGAAUUUAAUGGUCAAAUAUACUGACGGGGGGCACGCUGUGCUCAAGAACCUCUCCUUCACCGUGGAGGGGGGACAGAAGGUGGGCAUUCUAGGCAGGACAGGCUCUGGGAAAAGCACAAUGUUCAACGCACUUCUGCGCCUGGCAUACACAGAUGGAGACAUGUCCAUCGAUGGCGUUUCCUGCCAAAGCAUGGCCCUGCAGAAGUGGAGGAAGGCUUUUGGCGUGGUGCCUCAGAAGGUUUUCAUUUUUACUGGAACAUUCCGUAUGAACUUGGAUCCAUACGGAUGUCAUAGUGAUGACGAGCUGUGGAGGGUCACUGAGGAGGUGGGGCUUAAAUCGGUCAUUGAGCAGUUUCCUGACAAGCUAGACUUCCAACUGGAGUACGGCGGCCACGUUCUGAGCUACGGCCACAAGCAGCUGAUGUGUCUAGCUCGAUCCAUUCUCAGCAAGGCCCGAAUCCUGCUGCUGGAUGAACCUAGCGCAUACCUCGACCCAAUCACUGUGACGGUACUAAAGAAGAUACUGAGGCAGUCCUUCUCCACCUGCACCAUCUUACUGUGUGAACACAAAGUGGAACCUCUGCUCGAGUGCCAGUGCUUCCUGAUGAUGGAACAGGGCAAGGUGAAGACCUACGAUUCCAUCCAGCGACUCCUGAACGAGACCAGCCAGCUAAAACAGGCCAUCAGUCAGGCCGAGCGCCUCAAACUUUUCCCUAGGAGGAACUCCAGCAUGCACGUACCUCAGCCCAAACUCAGCUCCGUCACGCUCACACUGCAGGAGGAAGCAGAGGAUGAGGUUCAUGACACUCGGCUUUGAACUGCACCUAUAAGGAAAUUACAUAGAGACUCUUACCUUCAUGAGCUCCAGGUGACUUGAGACUUCUUGUAAUCCGGCACAUUGAAACACUGAUUUUAAAGUGUUUUUAUGAUGUGUACUUAUGAACCUGGUACAAUAAUUAACACAUUCUUUUAUACACAGUAAAUGUAACUUAUGGUACUUUUAUUAUUAGACACAGUGAGACCAGGAAUGAUCAGUCAUUGUAAAAAGAUUCUUUUAUGACUUGUUCCUCUCUGUGUCAUUUGUAGAUUGUUUAGAACAGCUGUAAAUCUUCUGAGCUCAUUUUAAACUUAUUUAUUGUCAGAACAGCUUUGUUCUUGUAAUAAUACUACAAUAUCUCCACAUGUACACCGA